UAUAAACAUGGAGGACGGAGGGAGUUUCUCAUGCAGACGAAAAUUGUUAUAUAUUUGCUGUUUUAAUGUUUAAAGAGGAUAAGAUAAGAUUUCACAAAGACAGCAUUUUGAGUCUUCAUUAAGAAAUGGCGGACUCAACACAGGAGGGUGCUUCAAAUGGGGCAGUUAACAAUAACAAAGUCCCAGAUAUCAAACCUAAAACAGUCAGCUUCAACAAGAACAAAGAUGAGGCCACUAUUGAAUUCCACAUGAAGGAAGAGGGGGUGAAACUAGCAGGAGCUGACCUUGCUCUUGCUGCUGCCUUCAUACAAGAUGCAGUUAAUGGCAGGAACAUGGAUAUUAAGACAGAUCAGAAAACCAUCAGUUUGUAUGAAAUUUACAACCAUUGGCUACUACAGAUAGGAUUGUUCAUUUUCAUCUGGCUGAAUCUUGCCCUUGCACUUUUUGAGAAACCAGCUGUUGAUGGAUUAGAAAUGCCUUAUUGGGCAACAAUGAUACUUGAAUUGGUUUGCUUGGCAUUCUUUGUGUUUCGUCUUGUACACAGUAAGAUGGUUCUACAAGAUGGCAAGUUCUUCAAGGACUCUAAGAACAUUGUGGUCAUUGUUCUUAUAGGGCUAACAUUAUUAGACAUGGUAGUCUACUUAUUUUGGGUGAAUUUUGCCCCCAAUGCAAACCCUGUACGUUGGUCCAGACCUCUCAGGGCAUUCUAUAUCAUCAACUUUGCAGAGGGUAGACAGAUAAGAAGAGCAUUCCGCAACAUUAGACGCACGUUGCCUGACAUAAUGAACGUCCUUAUUCUCUUCAUCUUCAGCGUGGCACUGUUUGCCCUGCUUGCCUUUAAAAUGUUUGAUAAAAAACACCUCGUUUAUCCUGAUGGAAAACCUUACUUCCGUGAUUAUUGGGAGUCAUUCUGGGAUCUCUAUGUACUAGUCACCACAGCAAACAACCCAGAUGUCAUGAUGCCUGCAUAUGAGAACAGCAGUUGGUUUGCUCUGUUCUUUGUCAUCUACACAAUUAUCUGCCUGUACAUAUUCAUGAGUAUUGUACUUGCCGUCAUCUAUAACAACUACAAGAGACAUCUAAAGGGAGAGGUGAAACUAAGUGUUUUUCUAAAAAGGAGACUUUUACGAAGAGCAUUUGAUAUUUUAAAAAUCUGGAAGAAUGGUCAGUUUGUGAUUCCCAAAGAUAGAUGGGAUGACCUGAUGAGGAUAAUUUGUCCAAACAGAAGCCAGGCACAACUGGACCUCCUCCUCAUGGUGUUGGAUACAAAUGGAGACACAGAUAUAGAAAAAAGAGAUUUCCUCAACCUGGUUGACCUGUUGAAUGUUGAGCUGACAGAAGUGAGAGACAGAAUGACAUUGAUGGAGACUCACUGUGCUCCAUGUUACAUGUCAACUCCCAGUGAGUUCAUUAAGAAGGCAAUACAUCAUAGGUUCUUCAUGUAUUUCUUUGACUUUAUGAUUCUUGUGAAUGCUAUUUGUAUGGGCUUCAAAUGGGAUGUGCUGGAGCUCUACUUCUUCCUGCCUCUCUUCACACUUGAGAUUGUACUGAAAUUGUAUGCAUAUGGGCCCAAGCAGUUCUUCUCAGACUUCUGGAACAUAUUUGAUUUUAUUGUGGUUGGAGCUGCUCUUAUAGGUACAAUUAUAGAAGCCAUCCAGAAAGAAGAUAAGGAGAUAGACUAUGUGUUGAUUCUACGAGUGUUACGUCUUAUUAGGAUCAUGGGUGCAAUAGAGAGAUUUAAGGUGAUCAUUACCACCAUUAUGAACAUAGGACCUUCUAUAAUCACAUAUGGGGGUGUCAUAUUUGUUUUAUACUACUUUUAUGCCAUUAUUGGAAUGGAGUCGUUCGGUGGUAGAAUCAGGUUCUAUGGCUAUAAUAACCUUAAGCCUGAACAACAGUUCUGCGGCGAUGCUAAGCUGAAUGGAACAGAAUUCUUCAACAAGCACUACUGCAAGAACAACUUUAAUGAUAUUCUCAAGUCAUUUGUGUUGCUCUUUGAGCUGAUGGUUGUUAAUCAGUGGCACAUCUUGACCAGUGGCUUUGUUGCAGUCACAAACAAGGCAGCCAGGCUUUACUUCAUCAGCUUUCAUCUCGCCUGUGUCAUCAUAGUACUCAAUAUAUUCACAGCGUUUGUCCUUGAGGUGUUCAUCCUUGAGUUCAGCCUAUCAGGAGGCAAAUUUGACAGUGCAAUAGAGGAGAAGAUUACAGAGAUGGGAAUGCAGAUAGAUUCAGGAGGACCGAAGGUGAAGACAUCCAAACAUAAGAAACAAGAUAAAGAAGAACUUGUUGCAGAUGUACAAGAUGUUGCUGUAACUGAGGACCCCACAAAAGAACCACCAAAAAUAGACUUAACCUCUCAGGAUCUCAGUCACUUUGAUUUAAAUGCAAACGCAGAGAAUUUGACAACCUGGUUUAAUAAUCUUACUCAAGAGGAAAAAGACAAAGAUUUGAAGUUUCAUUUAAAAAAGAAAAGUGGUAAGAACAUAGAGCUGCUACUGCAGAGAAUGUUUGAAGGUGAGAUAGAUCCAGAUGAUGAAGGGGAGGAUGAGAACUUAGAACAAUUACCGCCACCUCCAUCUAACUUCAAAUCUCUCACAUUAGACUCUGUGGCAUAACAUGGAAGGAACAGUAUAAACUGAAGUCUAAGUACAAAUUAUCUUGUCAAGUGGGAGUUAUCUUGUCAAACAUCAAAUGAGAAUUAAGACUCUUUGACAUAAGACAAGUAGACUCUAAGCAGUAUAGAGAUGAAAUAAUUUGACAAAUGAGCUCAACCUGAACAUGCAUUCCCAAAACACAUGUUAGUGAAAAGUGGCAGAUCAUGCAUAUGCAUAUUUCAGGGAAAUGGUCCAGAUCGAUAGUUGAAUAGAACAAUCAAUUUAUUAGAAUUGCAUCAAGCUGAAUGUGUACUACCCACUUUGUAUAAUUGACACUGGUGUGAAGAUGCAUGUAGAUAAUCACUGACUGCGGGGGGGGGGGUGACCUGAGACUUGAUGCAAGACUGAUAAAGUAACUGUAGGCAAAACAGCAGUAACAAUUUACAUACAUUGUCAUAAGCCUACAGAAGUGCCAAUAAUUGUAAAGCCAAAGAACAACAAAAAAAUGCAAAACUACAAAUUAGUAUUAUGCCUCUAUCAUAUAUGUUUACAAUUAAAUCAUAGCCAAAAAUAAAUAUUUGCCAUACAAAGUCACGUACAUUUAAAUUGUAAUUUUUCACACAAUGUAUAGCAUCAUUUUGAUCUGUGUCCCCAAAAUGGCCUAAAUGACUUUUACAGAAACAGCAUUUACUGUCUGCUGUUCAAUACAUUUUAAUAUUCAUGAAUUAAAGUGAGAUCUCAGAAUGCAGUCCUUUACUUUAGAAUGCAGUUAUUGUAUAUACACUAUAUAUAACCUAUAGUGUCCAUUUUUAAUCAAGCUUAAUCUGAAGAGCACUAGUACACAUGUCCAAAAAGUACAUUUUGCCUUAAUUAACUGAACAUUGACUAUUUUUGUCAUCAUCCUUCAUUGUUCAUCUGAUUCUUGUUUUAUGUUUGAGUAUAGUCUUCAUGUCAAGGAAAUGAGCCAAGUGAAGUAGGGAAUUUAUAGAUUUAAAAUGCUUUUUACUCCCUCAUGUAGAUUCUUCCUUAAAUGUUGUAAAGAAGUUGUAAAUGUGAAUGCAACCAAGACAUGGUGAUGAUUUUUAUGAUUAUUUCCAUGGUGAUUACAAUUAAAACUACCUAAAAUUGAUGACAUAGGUAGUUUGAAUAUUUAUCACAUUUUUCUGUGGAUAUUUUAUUUAUAUUUGAUUUAUACAAUACAGUAGAAUACAGAGCUCAAAUCAAAGUUUUUUGAUGAUAUGUUAAAAUGAUAAUCCCAAUUUGAAUGUAUGGAAAUACUUAAUGUAUCAACAUGGACUUGAGCAGAUUCAGUCUAGAUUGUAUACUGUCAGAGCAUGAGAAGCUCAUAGUCAACUACUGCUGCUUAUAUCUGUAUGGUAUAUAUAGGCUCUACCAUAGUAAUGUAUAGUACAGUAAAACCUGUUUAUAGU